AUCUCACGCGGUAUGCAUUGUGAUGGAGUAUAGUGCGUAGAGCUAAUUCGGCCUAUCGUAUUAUUGUGCAUUGAUUUACGUUCAAUAUGUAACCGCGACGAAAGAAAAUUAGAGGAAAUACUCGCCGUAUCCGGUAGGAUAAAUUACCCCUAGGGGUGGGGUCAAGUGAUUCCAAGCUGUCAUUAAUUGCAAACAAAUUGACAGGUAAUGUCAAUCGCGUGAGAGACAAUUACACAGCGUUGUCAUGACUCGACCUAUUGUGCCAAGCCAGCAGAAGCUGGCUGAGAAGCUGAUUAUUUUGAAUGACAGAGGUAUUGGUAUGCUAACACGCAUUUACAAUAUUAAAAAAGCCUGUGGUGAUGCCAAAUCAAAGCCUGCCUUCCUCUCCGACAAGGCAUUAGAGUCUUCCAUCAAAACGAUCGUCAGGAAGUUUCCUAAUGUUGAUAUAAAGGGAUUGCAGACCAUUACAAAUAUUCGUAACGAGAUCAUCAAGUCCCUGUCAUUAUACUAUUACACAUUUGUCGAUCUGCUGGAUUUUAAGGAUAAUGUGUGUGAACUUUUGACAACUAUGGACGCAUGUGGUGUUCACAUGGAUAUCACAAUUAAUUUUGAUUUGACCAAAGGGUAUUUAGAUCUUGUAAUCACAUAUGUCAGUUUGAUGAUUCUUUUGUCCAGAGUCGAAGAUCGCAAGGCGGUGCUAGGGCUCUUUAACGCAGCCCAUGAGAUGGUGCACAGCCAGUCUGAUUCUAGCUUUCCUCGUUUGGGACAAAUGAUUAUGGAUUAUGACGCUCCACUGAAGAAGCUCUCAGAAGAAUUUGUACCGCAUUCUAAAUUAUUGAAAAAUGCUUUGACUUCUUUGUGGGCGGUAUAUCCUGGUAGGAACUUGUCUGCUGAUACAUGGAGAGCUGAUCAAAAAUUGAGUCUUGUCGGUAGUCCUGGCCAGAUACUCAAGGCAGCAGCAACAGACACCAUGUCCUGCGAAACACUGAGCUUGGAUAGAAUCGAGAGAUGGGUGAUUCUUGGAUUUUCUCUUUGUCAUACGUUUUUGAGUCAGGAACAGCCAAGCAAACUGUGGAUCACUGCUCUAGAAUCCAGUUGGGUAUUGGCAUUAUUUAGAGAUGAGGUAAUUUAUAUACAUCAGUAUAUCCAAACGUUCUUUGAAGGGAUGAAAGGAUAUAGUAAAAGAGUAUCAGAGGUGAAAGAAUGUUACAAUCAAGCAGCACAAAAAGCUGGCUACAAACACAGGGAAAGAAGAAAAUUCUUAAGGACCGCUUUGAAGGAAUUAGGUUUAAUUUUAACGGACCAGCCUGGUCUUCUAGGACCAAAAGCAUUGUUGGUCUUGAUGGGUCUCUCCCACGCAAGAGACGAAGUGUUGUGGCUUCUAAGACAUGGAGACAAUCCACCUACUCAAGGUAAAAGUAAAGGACGAGGCAGCGAGGAUUUGGUGGAUCGCCAGUUGCCCGAAUUGCUCUUCCAUUGCGAAGAACUGCGCGCGUUAGUAAAGAAAUAUUCUCAGGUGCUUCAAAGGUAUUACGUCCAAUUUCUCUCAGGAUUCGACGCUCCUGCUCUACAUCAAAUGAUACAAAAUCUUCCGGUUUGUCCUGAGGAUGAAGGGGCUAUCCUUAGUGAUAUGUGUUCAACUAUAGCUAGUCUGACUGUAAAGCAAGUCGAAGACAAUGAAUUGUUUGAUUUUCGUGCCUUUCGACUGGAUUGGAUUAGGCUGCAGGCCUACAUGUCUAUCGCGAAAUGCAAUAUGAAUCUGGCUGAUAACAGAGAAUUAGCUUCCUUCAUGGACACUGUAAUCUUCCACACGAAAAUGGUCGACAACUUGGAUGAGAUGCUGGUCGAGACGUCCGAUUUAUCUAUUUUUUGUUUUUACAGCAAAAUAUUCGAGGAUCAAUUCCAUAUGUGUCUUGAGUUUCCCGCUCAGAAUCGAUAUAUCGUAGCGUUUCCGCUGAUAUGCAGUCACUUCCAAAGUUGCACCCACGAACUUUGUCCGGAGGAGCGUCAUCACAUUCGCGAAAGAAGCCUUUCCGUCGUUAAUAUGUACCUGGACGAAAUGGCCAAAGAAGCUAAAAAUAUUAUCACGACCAUUUGCGACGAGCAGUGUAACAUGAGCGACAAACUGCUGGCGAAGCACUGCGCCUUGUUAAUCUCACAAGUCGUCAAUCGCAAGAAAAAGGACAAGAACAAGAAGAAUAUGUACGAAAUUCACAAGCCCGGUAUAGAGAGCUAUCGAAAGACCCGUGAAGAAUUGACGACGAUGGAUAAGCUGCAUAUGGCGCUUACGGAAUUGUGUUACGCCAUCAACUAUUGUCCCACCAUUAAUGUCUGGGAAUAUACUUUCGCGCCAAGAGAAUAUCUGCAUCAACAUCUGGAGUCACGAUUCGCUAGGGCGCUGGUGGGUAUGGUCAUGUACAAUGCUGAUACUAGCGAGAUAGCCAAGCCGUCUGAGCUCUUUGUCAGCGUUAGAUCCUAUAUGAACGUCCUUCAGACCAUCGAGAAUUACGUGCACAUAGACAUCACGCGCGUCUUCAACAACGCUCUUCUCCAGCAGACUCAAGAGUUAGACAGCCACGGCGACAAGACCAUAGCCGCGCUCUACACGCAAUGGUAUUCGGAUGUUCUGUUGAGGCGAGUUAGCGCCGGCAAUAUUUGCUACUCUGCGAAUCAACGGGCAUUCGUCAGCCUGUCGGUGGAAGGUGCCAUCCCAUUUAACGCCGAGGAGUUUUCCGACAUUAACGAGCUGAGAGCGUUGGCGGAACUGAUAGGUCCGUACGGCAUGAAGAUGUUGAAUGAAAAUCUCAUGUGGCACAUCGCCAGUCAAGUACAACAAUUGAAGAAGCUGGUAUCCAGCAACAAGGAUGUACUGAUCACUCUGAGAACGAAUUUUGACAAGCCAGAGGUGAUGAAGGAGCAAUUCAAGAGGCUGCAACACGUAGACAAUGUUCUCCAACGAGUUACCAUAAUCGGCGUGAUUCUGAGCUUCCGACAGUUGUCGCAAUCGGCAGUGGUCGACGUGUUGGAGGAACGCAUACCAUUUUUACUGAGUUCUAUAUUGGAUUUCAGACACCAUCUGCCAUCCGGCGAUCCCAUGCGCGUCGUCUCCGAGAUGACAUCGGCUGCAGGCUUGACUUGUAAGGUCGAUCCCACCUUGACGACUGCGCUACGAAAUCAGAAGCCCGAGGUAGAGGAGGACGAGCACUUGCUCGUUUGCUUGCUGAUGGUUUUCGUGGCGGUUUCCAUCCCGAAAUUGGCUCGGAACGAGAAUUCUUUCUACAGAGCGUCACUAGAAGGCCACUCCAACAAUAUACAUUGCAUGGCCACUGCGAUAAACAAUAUAUUCGGAGCGUUGUUCACGAUUUGCGGGCAGAAUGACAUAGAAGAUAGAAUGAAGGAGUUCCUCGCUCUGGCCUCGUCGAGUUUAUUGAGAUUGGGCCAAGAAGCUGACAAAGAAGCGACUCGAAACAGAGAGUCCGUUUAUCUUCUGCUUGAUCAAAUAGUCCAAGAAUCUCCAUUCCUGACGAUGGACUUAUUGGAGAGCUGCUUCCCAUAUGCACUCAUACGCAAUGCAUAUCACGAUGUGUACAAGCUCGAGCACUCGCAGCAGUGAGCUCAACGGCGAAAUUGCGAAAAAGACGAGGUGCUGCAUUUUUAACUUUGCCACUCAGGGCCAUUUUUUACGUCCACUUGUAACAUCAGAGGCAAUCAUGAAGACUUUGCUAAUAUAUAUCGAGCCGAGAGAUAAUUUUGCGAAUGAAAUUUAGUUUCCGGCUACAUGGCAUCGAUGAAAAAGUACAAGCAUAUAUACGUCAACGGAAGAACGAAAGAAUGGUGAACGUAUACGUACGGUUGUUUGAAAAUUGAUAACAUCGAUAAGCUAUUCCUCGGCAUUUUAACAGAAUGGCGCAAGCUCAUAUUGUAAUACAUUUUAACGAUUUUCUUACGCUGCUUGCGACAAAAGUCACAUGCAACGUUAUUAGAAUCUGUGUUUUUCUUGACCAUUUAUGUAAUUGAAUCUGUCUUUAUCUUGUCGAAAGUAUCUUUAUCGAGGAAAAUUAAUCAAUGAACAAUCGAGAUUCACGGACUUUCGUAAUUCGAAAUGAUGCAUUUUGUAAUGUACAGUGCAUUUUGUAAUGUACUGUACAUUUUGUAAAGUACAGUAUUCUCUUAUUUACAUUUUUAACAUCCGGCUUGAAAUAUUCGUUAGUUAUGUAACUGCAUAUCUUAAAUUCCAGCAUUGUUAUGACUUUGUGUCAAAGAAUUUUUCUAUUGCACGGGAAUGCAUCAUAAGCUCCCACGACUUCAAGCUAAAGAUCGCGAUAUUCAUGUAUCACCCAGUAGGUAUAUCAUCACUUACCCACUAUGACUUUUUAAUGUACAAUUGUAACUUUUACAAUAGUUUAUAUAAUAAAUAAAACUAUGUGUAAAACAA